CGUUUUGCAAGAAUUGCGAAGGGUCUGGCCUUAUACUGGCUUCGCCAUGGCUGUACCUCAAGCCCAUAAACUCGGGCUUCCUCUGAUGAAUCUUGUAAAGUUCAAAGGACUGCCUAUUCUGCAGCAAUUGCAUUUGGAGGAGCGGCUGCUUCGCACGUCGUCGGAGAAUUGGUGCAUCAUCAACGAUGGAACCGAUCAACCCGCUAUUGUCAUGGGCGUCUCAGGGAAGCCUGCAGAACUUCUCGAAAUUGAAUCUGUGUUAUGUGAUCAGAUUCCAGUCAUUAGAAGGUUUACCGGUGGAGGUACUGUAGUUGUCGAUCCUGGCACAGUAUUUGUCACUUUCAUAUGCAACAAAGAUGCUGUUGCUGACUUACAACCAUAUCCUAAACCUAUUAUGUCUUGGAGUAGCGUUUUGUACAACAAAGUUUUCCGAGGAAUUGGGGAUUUCCACCUUCGUGAAAAUGAUUAUGUUUUUGGUAACCGCAAGUUUGGUGGAAAUGCUCAAUCCAUUACUAAAAACCGGUGGAUCCACCACACCUCUUUUUUAUGGGAGUACGAGGUCAGGAACAUGGCUUACCUGAAACUUCCUGCAAGGGCUCCUGAAUAUAGACUGGCAAGGGGCCAUUUGGAAUUUAUAUGUGGCAUGAAGGACUAUAUGCCAAGAUCAAUAUUUAUCGACAAAACUGUAGAGGCAACUAAAACGGAGUUUUCCCUUAGACUAACAGAGUCAGAAGCCAUUGAGACUCCUUCAAAUGCAAAAUUUUGUCACUCAACCAGGCUAUUGACAAUGCGGGAAUUGGAGGCAGCAGCAGCUUUGGCUUCUUCCUCUGAGGGUUCUCUGGCUGAGUCAUUUUCAUAGCAAUAACAAGUGCUAAUGUUGCUAGAGGUCUUGAUGCAAUGUCACCUCUGACUUUUGUAACAAUUCUACUUCUUUUCUUUUCUGUCCUUUCCCCCCCUUUUUUUCCCCAAUUCAAGAUGCAAUCAAGUGUAAUGACAAAAAUAUACUGCUAUACAAAUAAAGAAAAAUCCAUCUUAAUGUUAUAACUUUU